AUGGAUUUUAAAGAAAAAGGAAGCAAAGAUGUGAGUUUUAAACACCCCAAAAUGAAGCUUCUAGCACUGCAUAUGGAUCAAAGUAUAAGCAUUAAGCUCAAAAGUUUAUAUAGCAGCAAAGGAAAAAGGCCGAAUUGUCAGUCUCCUAUUAAUGUAUCAUUUAGAAAAUCCGUUUCUCCAACUUCGAGGAAAAUAAGCAACGCGAGGGUUACUAUGGCAGAGCCUUUUAUCCACCAUAAAAAAUCGUUUACUAUGAUUAAUGUAGAAGAUUCAAAUAAGCCGACAUUAAGGAGAAACCAUCAUUUGAAUCUUUCUGCGAGGAGUUCACUUUUUGAUGAACUUGAUGAUAUAAAUGCAAUGAAAACCCCAUCAACAGUUAAAGAAGACCCAAAUCCAGAGCACAAUGUAUUAGACGAAAGCUUGGCUAAUUAUUAUUCUCAAGAUCCCUCAGUAGUAAACUCAUACUCUUCUACAACACCUAUUCAUUUCUUAUUUGCCCUUGAAACCCCAUCAUAUAGCUCACGUGUAAGUCCUAUUGAAAGAAGAAACCAAUUUUAUAGCAAAGCUAACAAUGUCUUAAACCCGAAACGAAGUGAUACCCCAACAAUUCCGACAAAAAAAGACCCUGAAGAAAAACAACAAUUUUUACCUGAAAUCAAGCUAAAAAAACAGAAAGCUUUUAAUGUAAUUAUAUAUUUAUUUUAAAUUAAAAUUAAAUUUUUUUCUGUAUAUUUUUAUUUUCUAGACAAAUUUGAGCCAAAUCAUAAAAUAUUUUAAUAAAAGCCAAUUAUUUUCAGAAUAGAUACAAAAAGAGCUUAUAAUAAAUCUGUAAGCCCACACGCAAUGGUCCACAAAAUCAAAGCCCGAAGAAACGAAAUUUCAAGAAAGCGCCCACAAGCAAUAACACCUUUUCCAGGCAGAACCUUUAAGCUGAAUUAG